AUGACUAUCAAUCAUACAAACACCGAGUUUCUCUCGCAACAAGACCAAGAACGAACUUUCAAACAAUCAACUACCCCUUUGCUAGAUACAUUUGAAUCGCUUUGUUCCCAAAACGCUACCAACGAAGAGUACCCACUCGCAGAGGACAUCCAGUGCAACGUCCCCAUCUACAAUCUUGCCGAGUACUCAACCUUGACUGAAGACCAAAAGUCUGCUCUUCAGGAUGAAUGGUACAAGGUCCUUCUGUACGGACCUGGUGUUUUCGUCACUGCCAAUCUCUACGAAGACCUGGACGUGAUCAAUAAAUCAACAGCGGCCUUUGGCGACAUCAUCAAAAAAGAAAGUGAGAGCGCAAAAACAGCCGGCGACCAUUUCGCUAGUGCUGGCAAGAAUGAUCGAAUCUGGAACUCGUUCAGCAAGCACGGCCUCCAAGAUCCUGAGUCUUUCUUCCGAUACUUCUCAAACCCUUACCUCGACCUCAUUUUUGCUUCAUGGCUUGGUCCCGGAUACCGCAUCACAACUCAAGUCAACAACGUUCGGCCUGGAGGACAACCACAGGUUUCCCACCGCGACUAUCAUCUGGGUUUCAUGUCCGCAGAAAGUUGUGGAAGAUAUCCUCGAGCUAUGCAAGUUGCUAGCCAGUGUUUGACUCUACAAGGCGCUGUGGCACAUGUCGACAUGCCUCUCGAGAGCGGCCCAACAAGGCUAUUACCCUUCAGCCAAGCCUUUGCUCCUGGGUAUAUGGCGUACCGCCUUCCCGAGUUUAACCAAUUCUUUCUGGACAACUAUAUCUCACUCCCACUGAAGAAAGGCGAUGGCUUAUGGUUCAACCCAGCCCUGUUUCAUGCAGCAGGCGAGAACAAAUCUGUGGAUGUCAAUCGGCUUGUGAACCUCUUUCAGAUAAGCAGUGCUUUUGGAAAACCAAUGGAGACAGUUGAUGCGCUACCCUUGGUGGAGAGUACAUGGGAUGUUUUGUCCUCCUCCUACAAGGAACACGGGCUGAGCGACGAGAUUGAAAUGUUCGUCUCUGCUGUUGGAGAAGGUUAUCCUUUCCCGACCAAUCUUGACAAUAACCCACCGAAGAGCGAAAACAUGGCUCCCGAUUCGGAACAAAAUGUUAUCAGAGAUGCCUUAGUAAAGGGGAAGACCACGGCAGAGAUUUUGGUUGCUCUUGCAGAGUUUCGGACAAAGAUCAAAGCUUAG